GGUUGGCACUGGCAUCAUUUUCAAGAGGGAAGCGAUUGAAGGCAACAGUCCAAGGCCUGGACAAUGAUAGGACAGAGCAAUGCCUGAAAGGAAGCAUUGAUGGGAGUGCACUGCACUGAUGUUGCCAGCCACAUGUCCCCCAACAUAGCUCUCUGUGUUUCACAAACAGACUUUUCCCUUUAGCUGAGUGGUGUUACUAACCCCAAAGCAAAAACUCAUGGAAGAUUUUUUGUCUUUAUUGUCCGUCAAAUCGAAAUAUGUUCAAUUGUAAAUCAAUUGGAUCAAGUGAAGAGCGAUCUUUUCACGUCAGAAUAUGGUGGGAUGGUUUGACAUGGCCUACAAAGUUCCUUCUGGUCGCUUCGAUUGCUGCUAAACUGUAGAGGACACUGUUGGGAGGCAGUGGCCUCUUCCUAUUACCAGGAUCAUGCACACAUCCCCAGUGUGGUUCUCUGCAGACACCAUGAGCAACAUGACUGUGCUGGACACUGCUGACCCCUAUGACCUUGACAUGACCUCAGACAAGGCCAUUUACCCUGUCAGCUUCCAGGUUUCUUUGACAGGCUUCCUAGUUUUGGAGAUAGUUUUGGGCUUGAGCUCCAACCUGACUGUGCUUGUCCUCUACUGUAUGAAACAGAACCUGAUCAGCUCUGUCUCCAACAUCAUCACCAUGAACCUGCAUGUGGUGGAUGUGUUGGUGUGUAUAUGCUGUAUCCCGCUGACAGCCGUGGUGGUGUUACUUCCUUUGGAGGCGGACACAGCCAUGAUCUGCUGUUUCCAUGAGGCCUGCGUCUCGUUUGCAAGUGUAGCGACUGCUUCAACCAUCCUGGCCAUCACUGUAGACCGCUAUGACAUCUUAGUGCGGCCGGCCAACCGUGUGCUUACAAUGGGCCGAGCUGUGGUUCUACUGGGAUCCAUCUGGGCUCUCUCCUUUUUCAGUUUCCUGGUUCCAUUUAUGGAAGUGGGAUUCUUCAUCAACUCUGAUUCAGAGUUUGUGAACCAGACUGCAGUUGUCACAGUGUCUCAUACUAAUGAGUAUUACACAGAGCUUGGUUUGUACUAUCACCUACUAGCACAGAUCCCUAUAUUCUUUUUUACAGCUUUAGUAAUGCUAGUGACUUACUACAAGAUCCUUCAGGCACUUAAUAUUCGCAUUGGAACACGCUUUCAGCACAACCUUCCUAAAAAGAGGCAAAAGAGUAAAAACACUAUCUCUUUGAGCACUGCGACUCAAGUCGAGUCAACAGACGCGUCACAGAGCAGCACAGGAGUCCGGGCAGGUGGGACUGCACCUUUGGGCAUGCGAGCGUCAGUGUCCGUCAUCAUUGCACUAAGACGAGCAGUCAAGCGGCAUCGGGAGAGACGGGAGAGGCAGAGACGGGUCUUCAAGAUGUCUCUUCUCAUCAUCUCCACCUUCUUACUUUGCUGGACUCCAAUAACCGUGCUAAACACCAUCCUUCUCAGCACUGGGCCCAGUGAUUUAACUGUUCGCCUCCGCUUAGGCUUCCUGGUGAUGGCCUAUGGAACCACUAUCUUUCACCCGCUCCUCUAUGCCUUCACACGACAGAAAUUCCAAAAAGUUUUGAAAAGCAAGAUGAAGAAGAGGGUGGUGUCUGUGGUAGAAGCUGACCCUACACCCAACAAUGUAGUCAUCCAUAACUCCUGGAUUGACCCCAGGAGAAACAAGAAGGUGACCUUUAAGGACACGGAAGCCAGACAAAAGUGUCUAUGCUCUCAGGAUAUCGAGUAAUGGGAAUAAAGUUAACUUGUCAAUUAUGUAAAGUAAUUGGGAAUUUACCUGUUAAACGGGCUUUUUUUUUCACGAAACUGUGUUUUAGGGCUUCUUAA